UCCAUCUCAUCCCCCUCAGGCCUGGUGCAGCAGAACCGACCAUUCCACGAUGUCUUUGCCGCCCGAGCAGAUCAACAUCAAACGCCGGCGCGAAGAGGAACCCGUAGAGACGCUAUACAUCCAGUCCGAGCUACAUCAGACCAAACGCCGGUUCACGGACUUUGUUUUUCAACGAGUCCAGGUCCGCGCGGGCGGGGACCAAAAAGAUGGCUCCCCCAGCCCAUCACCGCUGGCCCCGACGCAGAGAAAAUUCCUCACGCCGCGGUCGGUCAGCAGCGUCGUCACCAGUACUAGGACCAACCGUGCUGCUGGUGCAGGGACAGGCAUCCCCCUGGUAAGAGCCACGUCGCCCGGGGCGGAGGUCCGCGAGGAACGCCGCUUGGCGACCGUUCGGAGGGAAAACGAGGAGAAGUUUAAAAGAGCCUUGCAUUCGUCGCCUACUGCCAGCCCGUCUAAGCCUUCGUCGGCUACCGACUCUAGCAUCCCGGAUUCUGGCGCGAAUGACUCCACCGGCAAUCUGGUGCCCUCCUCCUCCAGCGGGCGGAGAAGUCCGGCUUCCUCGCCGGGACGCGCGCAGGCUCUGCGUCGAUUCCAGAUCUCGAGGUCAAACACGCCAAUGACUUCCCUCCGGAGUACAGGGGGCGGUGUCCAGAAGCGCAAAGGGGACGGGGCAGUUGCGGUGCUUGUUGAGAAGCUGAGGCGCACGGCGCAUUCCAGGCAGGCGUCAAUGGUCGCCGAUGCUGCUGCGCGGGCGGACGAAGACGCGAGUGAGGGUGCUACGGAGGUGUCAGCACCUCCGCGGAAGCGGCCGGUGGUGAAUCAGGCGGAGAGAAAGUGGAGGGAGGAGCGUAAGAGCGCGAUCUCGGCUGCCAAACAGCACAUCUCGCAGGUGCUGGAUCGGGAGGCCCAGGCCACCCAUCAAAGUAACUGGGACGAUGAGUCGGAACGGCUGGCUCGGGAAUUGGAACAGGUUGCUCUGGAGUUGGAUGGGGAGAUGGAGGUGACACCCACGGAAACGGACUACACUCGCCCGCCGCAAGUUUCGGCACAACCUCAGGCCCGUUCGGUGAUGCCCAAGCCUCCGUUGAGAUACCAGCCGCGCACGCCCAAUAAGCAUCGCGCGGGAGGGACGGGCGCGGCAGCGGUGCAAGGGCCUGUCGAGGGCCGUGAGGAGUCCGACAGGCUUGCCACCCCGGCGACGGGCGCUCAGCCGGCCGGGUCUGACGAGGACGAGAGCGAUGGCGAGUAUGUCUACGAUACGUACAUACGGAAACCGUUGCCAGACGGUGGUCUGCUUACGGACCCGCUCGUCAGUUUGGAUUCGGACCAGGAAGCUUGGUUCCGGCAGCAUGGAAUUGACGUGAAUCGCCAAGAUAUCGGUGUCAUCGUCAUCACGCAGGAGGACGAGGAAUACUGGGAGAACUUUGUCGAGGAGGAGGACGAAGAUCGGUGGGAUAGCGAGGAUGCGGACUCGAACGCCGAAAAUAAUCCCGCAAAUGACUAUCCGGAUGAAGACUUGUCGUGGGAUGAUGAAGAGGACGAUCCAACGGCUAUCUACAACAAAUACCGGACGCAUGGCCGGUCUGAUGACGAAGAGUUCGAUUUUGACGAUUCGGCUAGUGAGGGGCGGAAUCGCGGUGGAUAUGGAUUCCUAUCGCACGUGGAGUCAGACGAGGAAUGGUGAUUGAUUGAUCGAUCAUCCAUCCCUUGAUGGAUGGAUGCUGGAUGCUGGAUGCUGGAUCUGGAUGACGGGGACAGGCACGCACACGCCGACCAGGGCGAACAACAAGCGAGUGAGGCAGAACAAGGCACCGAGACUAAAUCGGGUGGCUGCGUCUGCAGACUGACUGAAUGAAUGGAUGAAUGAUUAAUGAAUGGAUUGAUGGAUGAAUGCAUGCAUGUAGGGGGUCGCAUUGCAGACUGGCUGGCAUCUGGGCAUGAAGA